AUGGAACAGUUACUAGCGCAUGUGCAGGGCACAGCGCACCUGCACCCGAAAUAUGCCCCUUCUGCAGCAGGAAGCUUCAACUCUCUUCCUUCACAGGUCGAUCUGAACUUUAGCACCCAGCUCUCCAGCUCUCGCUCAAGUUCCGUUUCUCCAACCGCCGCCAUUCCCGGCCCAGACUUUCCAGUCUUCACCACGGAUUCUACUCAGUCAUCAUGGCUUCCCUCCAGUUCUACGAGCCUGCCGGCAACAUCCGCGCAACAUCUGCAACUUCAGCACUUGGACUUGCCUCCAAAUCAGCAAGACUUUGUCUUGUUCGAUCAGCCGAUCAAGAACCGUCAACCUAACCGCUCUGUCCCACAACCUUCCGCCAACGGGGGUGUAAACCAAAACCAGCAACAUCGUAGCCAGCCGUUUUACCAGCAGCAGGCUUCCUCGCCGUCUUUGCAGAACCAGCGGGUUGCAAACAUCAUCCAGGCAACAGGGCACCAAACGACUUCUUCGGCUUUCACCAAUCGGUUUAGCUCUUCUGCGCAGAACCCGCACCAGCACCAGUUCUACGCUUCAUCCGCUCCAUCAUCAUCCGCUGCUUUGAGCUUACAGACACCGAACCGACACGGACGUCCACCCGUUCCCCUGUUCCCACAAAGCACUGGCAAUAUCUCGCAAAGCAAGAUGAAUAUCCAAGACUUGGACUUGGACGACUUCGCCGCCUUUGACGGCGGCGCGUCGACGACGACGUACUCGUCGCCCGCCAUGCCCAACGUUUUCGACAUGAGCGGUGCCUCCAGCUCAUCAACCAACUUGGGCACCGUCUCCCCCCAAGAUCUGUUGAUCCAGGAACCGUUCAUGUCGGCACCUAACUCGACCGCCCUCACCGCCCUUACUUCGCCCUCUCUCUACGACGAAUCGCCCGACUUUGGCUCUGGCUUUGAUGUGUCUCCCAACUUUGCAGGCAGCGAUUUUGACGCAGGGGGGAAUGACGUUUGGUUUCCCCUCUUCCCUCAGUCAAACACUCAGCAGAAUGCAAACGCCGAACAUUCACCUGCUGAGAAGUCUGACGACCUCGAGGUUGUGGAGCCAACAUCAGGCCAUCAACGGCGCAAGUCUGGUACCUCGCCUCCUUCUGGUCGCCACUCUUCUGUGUCUGGCGUUGGUUCCCGUCGGCGUGACAAGCCCCUUCCGCCCAUCAUCGUCGAGGACCCGUCGGACACCAUCGCAAUGAAGCGAGCUCGGAAUACCCUCGCCGCUCGCAAAUCGCGAGAGCGCAAGGCCCAGAAGUUGGAGGAACUGGAGGAACAAAUCGAGAAGCUUACGGCUGAGCGUGAUCAUUGGAAGAAUCUUGCUAUGGAGCGUGGACAAAAGGAGUAAAUCAGAGGCAAAUCGGCCUAUGAACGAUACUUGUAUCCCUCAAUGAAUGGCAUUGAGGAGGGGAUUUCACAUUACUAGGAUUCUUUCCAUGUCGUUUUUCCAUCAUGAGUUAGCUUUUUUUUUCAGCCGGCUGCCGUCAUUAAUGGCAUCGCCCUGGCUUUGUAUUUUCAGCGAAUGAUUUCUUUGGAACGCAAAUUUAUCACGAACGCUCUCACUCGAACCCCUUAGCCAAUACCGCAGUCCAAUAUGAACCGUAAAUAACGUCCAGUGUCUCCUAAAAGAUCUGCGACCAUUCCGUACUGCUGGCCGAAAAGCCCCCCUUCAUCACUGUACCAUUUUUCUUUUCCCUUGUUACUUGUAACGUUUUGCGAAGU